AUGAUUUUAAAAAUUAAAAUCAGUGUAAAAGAAUGUUCGGACGAAAUAGGAGCCAGCAUUUUGUGGCCCUUCAAAGUGGUUCAUGCGUUCGACGACAGCCACGACAUCUACUUCUCAGCAGCGGUGGAAUCAGAUUUAAAGAAGUGGACAGAAGUCAUAAAGAAGGAGAUCAACUAUGCUAACCACAAAAAGCUCAGCAACAAACAUCGAAAUUUUAGCGGCGACACACGCAAACAAGCAAGUGGCGAAACUUCACCGACCAACAAAACGGCGCCAACUUGCACUAUCAAGAAACAAGAUGGCCACAGACAAGAAACAAAAGAGAAAGUUCAGCCGCCAUCCGGCAAGCCCCAUUCAUUGUCGAAAUCAUUGACACCAAAAAGCCAAGAGUGCCCAUUUAGAGCUGAUACGAGCGCAUCUAAAAAAACAUUUACAACAUUCAUACCGAAAAAUAUAGAUCAACUAUCAGACAAAAAGGUCACCAAUGAGAGACAACUGCUGUACGAACCAGUUUCUUUUCUCACGGUUUUAUUCAUUUGUAUAAGAUUACAAAUAAAUUCGAUGUACAUGCGUCGAGAACUGCAAGUGGAUGAGGAUGAUCCAGAUGAUGUAAGCAAGAGAACAAACGUCCUGGCUUCAUCAUUUUGGACCGGUGAUGCAGAUGAAGGAAAAACGAUCCUAAGCACUAAGCCUAUUGGAGCAUUCAUGAUAAGGAAAUCGAACACAUCCGACACAACUUGUAGAAAAAGCAUAAACACGGAAGACAUAAUAAGUCAGUUCAAUAAGGUUAAUAGUGCUUUGCCUAUAUUUCCGGAGAAUGAGGCAUUUGGGCCCAACGUUGUUCCAUCUGCACCAAUUGCUGUUACAUUGCAUAAAAAAGGUGCCUCAUCCAAUAACAUAACUCUCAUUACGCUACUGGUCAGGGUCAAUGCGCCAUCUCCUUGCACGAAAUAUAAAAUAUUUGAAACGGAGUCUGGACUAAUCUUUAUGGACUCGAAAGAAGAAAAGUUUGAAAGUCUGAUAUCCAUGCUGAAAUAUUACACAGAGAACAAUUUACCUGGAAGAGAUGAAAAACUUUUUAAACCUUACUCCGAGAUAGACUAG